AGCCCAGGUCCCCACUCCAGGCCCAACUUCGCGGGAUCGGUGUUCAGUGCUCGAGCCCAGUGGACACCUCGGACGCCCCCAUCCCGGACUUGGGCUCCCCCGGACCCUGCUGGGUUUUCUCCUACCCCAGUCUCUGGUCUCGAGGAGCUGCUGUGGAGGCGAGCAUUCACCUCUGCGCCCGCCUCAGCCUUUACCUGUCCCUGACUCCCUUCCUCCGGUGCUGCCCACGCCCCCGGCCAAUUCCUGCCUAGACCCCUGCUCUAGCCCUCGCCCUCCCUCCUGCCCUUUCACUUGCCCCUACCUCCUCCCACCUGCUCCCUUCUCCUCUGACCCUGCAGGCCCAAGCGGGUUCCGCCCCUUUGGGGGGGAUCUCUAAGGAUGUCGUGCGCGGAGCUGCUGACCAUGUGCCUGCUCCGGCCCAAGGUUGCAGCUCGUGAGGCCCCUGCAGCCCCUGCCGUGGUCCCUCCUGCGGCCUUCGCUGGCCUGGGACUCUUCCAGGACGUCUUCCGGAGAGCAGAUAAGAAUGAUGAUGGGAAGUUGUCCUUUGAGGAAUUCCAGAAUUAUUUUGCAGAUGGGAUUCUCAGUUCUGGGGAACUCCGGGAGCUGUUCAGCAGCAUUGACCGGCAUUACUCAGACAGCCACUGCUUGGAUGUCAAACACUGUCUAACAAGCCCUGAUUUCUCUUUUCCCUGCAGCAAUCUGGAAACUGAGAAGCUUUGCGACUAUUUCUCAGAGCACCUGGGUGCCUACAGACCCGUUCUGGCUGCCCUGGAGGCCCUGAACAGCGCAGUGCUUGCUGCCAUGGAUGCCACCAAGCUGGAGUAUGACCAUGCAUCCAAAGUGGACCAGUUUGUCAUGCGAUUCCUCCUCCGAGAGACAGUGGAUCAGCUGCAGGCCCUGCAGGGCUCCCUGGAGGGAGCCUCAGACACCCUGGAGGGUCAGGUGGGCGGCCCCCGGAUGGAUGUGCUCAUGCAGAAAGCAGAGGAGUCAGGCCGGCCUCGGGCUGGCAGGCGGUCUGGGCGCAGGGCCAUGCGGAGCAUCUGCCUGUCUCCGAGCAUCCCAGUUUGUGGAAUUCUGAACACAGGGCUAUCUGUGGAGACUGACAGUCACUGGACGGUGCAAGUGAAUCGAUUGCAGCAGCUCAUAGACCAGUUGGAGUGUAAGCAGACAAUUCGGCUGGAGCCCUUAAGAGAAGCCAUAGUUUGCCAAGCAGCUGACUCGCAGCACAUCCUGGUGGUGCAGAGGCGGGUCUCGGUGGCCCAUGGGGCCUUGCAGGAUUUCCAGCGUGCCCUCUGCUGCUACACGGACUUCACAAGUGCCCAGAGCAGCUGCCUCCAUGUGUCGGCACAGAAGCUGCCAGAUGAAGCCACUUUCAUUCUGUUCGAGUUCUGGAAGAACGAGGCCUCCUGGAAAAGUCACUCACAGACAAGCUGUUUCAAGGCUUUCCAGAGGGUUCUCAUUGACCACCUGCAGACCCCGGAGAUCUUGACCACCAUGCUCUUUCCAGCAUCAUGGUGGAUCAUGAACAAUAACUGAACUCUGGGCCAGCCCAGUGCUGCCCCUUUGCCCCCCGGGAGCCCUGCAGGAUUCCACCAAGAUUAGAGACUUGGCUCUGUGUGGGCUCAAAGAGCUGGAGAGUGGGAGCCCGUGGUCUAGGACGGAGGGUCUCCAGGCCAGGCAGCUGCCUUGUCGAAGCCUUCCUCCAAGCCACCUUGAACAAGAAUCCCCUCUGCCCCAGGGGGUGGGCUUCCAUAGUGUACCUGGAUGGGGGUGGGGGAUUUUCAAUGGCAGCAUACGAUGCAGGGGGAACUCCGGGAUAGAAGGUACGUGUCUUGGGUUCCAGACCUGGCCGUGUUACCUUGGGUUAGUUACUUCUGCUCCAUGAGCCCCAGGCUCCUGCUUUGUAAAAUGGGGCAAAGGCUGGAUUUGAGGAUCUCCAAGGGCCCCGUGGCUGCUUUAAUGCCUCUUCACUGGGGUAGAUGGUGACUCCGUAGCUUUGGCCUGGGCUUGGAAGUGUGACUGAAGACUUUGGUGGGGAGGUCAGGGUGCAGGCCUUUAGGCUGCCUUUGGAACUGCCCUGCUGUGUGUGUGUGUGUAUAUAUGGCAGUGGGGGGAGGGGGAUAAGCAAGGGCUCUGCCCAUCUCCCCCUGGGGAAUUUGUCAAAUUUGCAUGCAAUUUGCAUAUGCUUUGCAUGUCCAUAUACCACCCUCAUGCAGCUCUCUUUAGGGUACAAGUAACUGCAUGAGUAGCCAUAAGAUUACACUGAGGACUUGAGUCACGAAGCAGGAGCCCAGUGAUGCCUUUGGACAUCGGCUCCCGCUUCACGUGCAAUAAAGGUUCCUGUCUCAA